AUGGGUUUGCCUAACUUCGUCUUCGCACCGGAUUCGCAACCAUCGCUUGUCAAUGAUCCGACUUUUCAGGCCCUCUGCGCUCUCUGUCUCACCAACAAUGCAAACAAUGAUUAUCAGCUCUGGCACAACAUCCUGAUGUACCAGCACUAUCCGGACCCCAAGGAUUUCCUGCAAAUUCCCUACUUCUCGGAACGAAUCGCUGGCUCAGAGCCAGGCACUAGGUUCAACUACAACCAGAUACGAAAAAACCUAGUGGCGGUACAAAACGAUAUUGUGGGUGGCAGAGAGACCGUGGUGCGGAUGUUUGCGAUAUGCAACGAGCUCGUGAAUGCGCAUGUACAAUAUGUUCAGGCGACAGCAAACGUCGAAGUAUUCGAGAUGUACGGCCACAUGAUCAAUCACUUCUACAACAUCAACACCGAUUCAGAGCUUGGAAAUCUCAUCGUAUCACAUAGUCCACCGCACAAUUUUCAAGAUGCAAGAUGUCCGGCAUACGCAGCAAUGAGUGAGUGGAUCACUAGUAGUUUGAGGCAUUGGCAAGGACUCGCAAGAAUGACCAGCGAGGAGGUGGUACAGCUCAAGGACAAGAAACAGACGAAAUGGUUCCUUGCGAAGUUGGAAAUGACCAUGCAAUCAAGAUCCAAGAAAAUGCUGGAACAAGGAGCAGCUCGGACAUGGCAUACACCUCAAGCAGCACCCAACAGCGAGGAAGCAAACGUUUCACCUUCUUCUUCUUCUUCUUCUUCUCCUCCUCGUCAGGACCAACCUCGAAACCGCCGUGAACUGAUCGCCCGCCACAAUCGACUAGUUAAACAAGCCCGCCUCAUCAGUUCCCACCGUCUCAAGACUCGCAACCUCGACAGCAUCCACCAGCUCGGCGACACCACCCGGAUCGAGCUCUCUGACAGCGUUAUUCAAGCCAUUUCAAACCUUCAGCAUAAAUGGGCGGCCGAGAUCUUACCACAGGAUGAUGGGGCAGAAUCGGAGGAGGAGUAUACAGAGAGGAAGUGGAUGGAGGAAGCAAUGAAGGAGAAGGGGUUGGUGGGAAAUGCGAGCGAGCAGAUUUGUGACGGGAUCUCGUUGCCGCACGGGUUCGUGGAUUGGAAUGCUGUGCAGGCUGUUCAUGCGACUGUUGCAUCACAAUACUGGUGGGGAUCUCAGGGCGGCAGGGCAAUCUGUGAGAGGUACCAAAUGCCCGAGGAUGUGUAG